GCCACGGAGAGGGCACGCACACACACACACACACACACACACACACACACACACACACACACACACACACACACACACACACACACACACACACACACACACACACACACACACACACACACACACACACACACACACACACACUCAAACACACCCACACACUCAAACACACACAAAUAGACAACAUGUAUUGUGAACGUUGGAACGUUGUUUGCAUCUGCACACAAACACGCCUUACCAAGCCACAAAUAGCGUAAUAAGCUUGAAGUUACAGUCACGGUGGAGUCAGCUACGACUCCAUUGGUGAGUUCCAAGUUUCAAUGUACCAGGAGGACCAGAAUUUGGACUUUGAUGAUAUUUUUGAACGAUUCCUCACUAACGUCAGCACAUUAUUAAGUGUUUCAUAGUAGCAACACAAAAGAAAGUCAAGGUUGUUUUGUGCCAUGAGGCAUGACUUUACUUAAGGUUGACUCACAGUCAACCUUAUUAAGUGAACCAAUAACCUGGUAGAACAUUGACCGAUGCUAGUCCUUUUAAUCAAGAGCAGAACAAACAAAGAGCAUAAAGGCAGGCAGCUAAAGAGAGCAAAGAGCACAGGGAUACUGUCCACUUUAACUGAAGGGGUUUCUUUCCAUGGAGAGCAAGGGAUCUUCAUGGGGCAGUGCACCAGACCUGUAGAUUUCAGCUCAGCUGAGGACCCGCAGAAAACAUUAAGAUCAAUCCUUACCCCCUGAAGACUCUGACUGAAUGCAGCAGAUGAACUCAAAGCACAGAUCUGACGAGCGGACCGGCCAGCUUGUUAAACAGUUCCAUCCAGCCUUUCUAAUGACGUGGAUUAAUAAAUUAGGGUCAUACCGUUUUUCAGCUUUCCGUGGCUACAUGUACAAACCCGAUACAUUUCUGCCUUAAUCAGCCAAUUUACUCUCACUCUGGCUCCCAGAGUGAGAGUAAAUUGUAAAGCAUUCCUUUCCCCAUUAUGCAAGCAUUAUUCAUGACUAACUCACUGAAGAUCUGGACACGCCCUGGCUUGCUUUACCCUAGUCAUGGAGCUUCUCUAAUGGGUCAUGUUAAAAUAGAUCCACGGCAUUGGCAGGACUCGUGGGCUACUCUUGUAUGAGGAAGAACCAAUUGUUUAAUCAUUGACUAUUAUUAUUAACUGAACUCAUGUAUAUUUUAAUCCCUUUUUGGAUUGCACAGGACAUUCUUUUUUGUUGUGAUUCAGUUUGGCACUUAAUGAUAAUUUUUUUUUUUGUUUUUAGCUUAUUUUUGGUUAGGGUAAUAAAACCAUACAAUAUUAUUCUGAUGAUAAAUGGUGUUCAGAGUCUGUAUGUGUGUCCUUUUUAUUUUUCAUUAUACUAUUUCAUCCAUUUUUUUUAUUAGAGAAUUGCCUUAUUGUUUUAUUAUAACCCAAACUCAAUCUGUUGAUCAGGGUUAGGGUUAGUUAUUGUGUUGAAAACGUUCUUGAUGUCAUAGUGUCACCUCUGAGCGCUGUUUCGGUCCAUAAUUGCACCACCAAUCAGCGCUGUUUGACAGCGGACUUGAAUUCCUCUGUGUUUAUACAUACACUGUCUAAAAUGGUUCCCUCCUAUAUCCUUCGAGGAAUCAAUAUGAAUUAAUGGAAAUCAAACACAAUCAAUCACAUCUCUAUAAAAACCCGUCGUCUGCCCAACAACGUGCUGUCGCCUCCCCAGCAGCGUGCUAUCGCCUCCCCAGCCCUGCACUGAUUCCCGGUGGCUCAGAUCCAGUUGUUCUUGUCUAGCCAGUCGCGGCUGUAAGGAGGGUGCAGGUGAAAGGACCGAGGAGGGAGAGGGAGGCACCCACACAGAAAAGCAGAGGAGGAGACAGCUAUCAGAAACAAAAGAUGACUGCGUAAAACAAAAUGGAUACGGCAAAACAAAGUGUUUGCAGUCUGUCCUCCAAAGCAUCCCAUGUAAACAAUGGCGAAGGUAGCGGCCAAGCCCAGGACGAAGCGGCAGCCCAGUGGGCAGACCGGGGAGGAGGGCUGGAGUGGCAAAAAGAUCAGGACACUGCCGAGAUGGACUCCGUCGAUGGGAUCCUCACUGCCGAUCCCCUCCUUGUCCACAGGGGGUCAGAAAACGUCAAGCAUAAGUUCCACUCCAUGGCCUAUACUCCCUCUGUGUGUGUCUUCCAGAGACGGACCAAGCAGAAGGUCGUGACCAACUUUGCGACGGUUAAGGGGAUAUCUGCGGCCAGUAAACCCCGAGCCGCCCUGAAACAGGUCCUCUUCAGCCAGGGUGUGUCUGACAAGAACAACGUUCCUGAGGACAGGGUGCAGGUGGAGGCCUUGAAGCAGGCUCUGCAGGCCUACCGUGUGCCUGCGGACCUGAGGUGGGUCUGGGAGGGGCCCGGCCAGGGUACCACGCUGGAGAACAGCUGGACGGACAUCGUGAAGUCCCACUCGACCAUGUCAAAGAUCCAGAGACACCAGCAGGAGGCGCUGUGGGAGUUUGUUCAUACCGAGCUCACUUACAUUAACAAGCUGACAGUCAUCAAGGAUCUGGUUAUUGCUGCCCUGGUCAACCUGCAACAGCAUGGGUUCCUCCUGGAGAUCACCCCCAGGUCGCUCUUCUCCAACCUCUCUUUAAUCCUCAAUGCUCACCGCCAGUUCUGGCAGGAAGUGAUCUAUCCCAUGUUACAAGAAGUGCGAUGGACAGGGAUGCCCUUUGACCCCAGGAGUUUAGAGGCGGGCUGCCUGCAGUUCAGUGAGCGUUUCUCCAGCUACAUACCGUACUGCUGGGAGCAGGAGAACACGUUGGAAUUUGCAAAGCGGCAAAUCGACACAAACCCUCAUUUUGUUGUUUACCUGAAGUGGGUGGAGACCCAUCCUCAGUGCAACCGCAUGCGUCUGGGGGACAUGCAGGCCAAGCCCCACCAGAGGAUCACCAAGUACCCCCUGCUGCUCAAGGCCGUGCUGAAGAACACCCCUGACCCUGACCUACAGCAGACCAUCAGGGACAUGUUGUCUAGUGUAAACGGUUUUCUGGAGACCAUCAAUGACUACCUGAGGUGUAUGGAUGAAGAGCAUGCCCUUUCCAUCUCUGCCCAGAGACUAGAGGGAUAUGAAGUACCGGGAAUAAAUGAGGAAAUUGACAAGCAUAUACGAGAGUUCUGCCACUUUGACCUGACACUCCCCAUGGUGGGAGUCGGUCCCACGUUUGUUCGGAAACUUCUGCUGGAGGAGAACCUGAAGAUGCGUGGUGGGAAAGACAGCAAGGAAGAGGUGGUGGCCCUGCUGUUCUCAGAUGUGCUGCUCAUUUCCAAAGUGCAGAAGAAGGUGGAGAGGCUGAAGGUGGCGCGCCCUCCUCUGGCUUUGGACAGGACCUGCUGUGUGCCGCUGAAAGACGGCUUUUCAUUUCUUCUCGUGGAGGUCAGUGAGCUUGGCUGUGCUAUGAACGUCUACAUAUUUGUGACGGCCACUGCAGUGAGCUGCUCCAAGUGGGUCUCCACCAUUCAUCAGGCAAAGGCCACGCUGAAGACCCUGAAAGAGGUUGAAACCAGCAGACAGUUGGACAGCCAGAGAAUCCAACCCUCUUACACCAAGCCCAUCGAGGAGGCCAAAGAGGAAACCAUGGAGACUAUCAACGAACAUGUUGAGCAAUCAGCGGACGAUACCAUUCUGCAUCAACCUUCUGUGGAACCUCUUAAAAUCCAAUCCGGAAACGGUUUGUUUAAGCUCCCUUCAUUACCGGUGGCAAUUCAACCUUCAACCUAUCUACCUGUAAAUGACAGUGACACAAUACCUACUCCUCAGUUCAAAGCAACAGAGCCUCAGAGCAAGUCAUUGAGCAUCUCCUCCAGUAAACCGUUAGACAACAAGACUCCUGAGUGGAUUGAAAAGCAGGUGAAGCAAAGGGCAGAUGAAGAAGUGGAGGUAGUGUUUCUAGGGUCAGAAGAGCGAAGGGUCACAUGGAAUCACAACAAGACCUCUGCAGCAGAUAAUUUGAGAAGCAAACCCAAAGAUGGAAAAAAUCCCUUCAUCGGUAAAUACCCAGAGGUAGACUAUCCGACCGUUGAACCGGUCGCCCCUCCAAAAGACCAUCUACUGAGCAACUCCCCCAACUCAUUCGAAGAGGUUCCAUCAUCACCCGUUGGCGGGACAACAAGGCCAAUGAAGACGGGGUACAAUAUCCAGCUGGUGGACCAUAAGGUAUGGACAGACCCCGGCAAAAGCCUUUCAACGGAUGUGGCUUUUCUAGAAGUGGGGAGGUUCUCCAGAAAAUUAAAGUCCCCCAGGUUACGCAGAAGAACACAACACGUCGAUGCAUACCAGACCCACGGGACUGUUUUUGGAGAAUCAGAGAUGGUGUGGACAACUCCACCCACCAACUCUUCAUCCAACUCGGACUCGGACUCCAGUCAGAAACUCCAAGGACACUUUGACCAGAGACACACAAACAACGACACCAGCCUCAGAGUGCUCAAGCUUGGCUUUCUGAAGACGCACCCGGCGCUGUUCUUGAACAUGUACGAAAACCACGUCUCUCCAGAGCCUGAGACUUUCUCUGAGCCGGAACUUCCCCAGGAGCUCCCAGAGGAGAGGAACUCUGUCAAAGCACAGAGGAGUGCCUCCAUACCGGACAUUCACAAGCUUCACGCCACCUCCACCAGCCCAGUGCUGAGAACAUAUAUUGGGGAGCGAUCUCCUCGCUUCAACCGCCACCCACAUGCACACGUGUCUCCCGUGGAGGGGCUCUUGGAACGUGCCAAAGUGAGGGUCCGGAGAGAAGGAGGGCAAACUGGAAGGAAUGAGAACGUGCAGGACACAAGGACAUGGAUCCCGCCACCUUCUCCUCCAUUGUUCUCCGAGUCGCUGUGUCCAUCGCCCAGCGAUGGGGACCGGGAGGUGGAGCUGAUGAGACACAGAGUGCCCACAGUCAGUCAGGGAUGGAGGGAACAACUUGUCGAUGGAGAUGCAGAAGACAAGAAGUACAGCCAUAUCUUCGUGAAUGAGCUGAGUGUGGAUUGGCCAGCCUUGUGCUUCGACGAUGAUCAGGAUAUCGAUCAUCUCGAGCCGAUUGACGUCAGCAACGAAGGCACAGGGAUUCUGGAGGACAUUCAAAGGACACUUACCACAUUGAACAUCAGAAGAGUCCAAGAAUCAAAGAUCAGCCAGGUGUAAUUCAGGCUGGAUCAGGUCUCAAGACUGGAUGGACCUCAGAUACCAAUUGAAAUGUGUGUGUGUGUGUGUGUGUGUGUGUGUGUGUGUGUGUGUGUGUGUGUGUGUGUGUGUGUGUGUGUGUGUGUGUGUGUGUGUGUUUGUGUCGCACACAUGAUUUGUUUGAAUUAUCAUGAUACAUCUUAGCACUUUUCAACCAAAUAGUGAGGAAAAAUGUGAGUAACGAAUGUACCAUUUUAAUUAACAGCAAAUUUAACUAAUGUGAUUAUUCAAUACUUAAUUUGCACCACAUCUGAUGUUAUUGCUUUAUAUAAAUUAUGGCUAAUGUGACAAUACUCUAAUUCAGCAACACAAAAAAUUAUAUAUUAUUUGUACCUAACAGAUGUAUAACUAUAAUUAAGUCAGUGUUUUUUUAUAAAUGGAUAAACAUAGAAAAUAUUUUUUUUGUUUCAAAUGAUCGAUUAGUUUACAUUUUGAUCUCUAAUUUAUUAAUGUUUACAAUUUUAAUUUUAACAUUUCCACAUUAAAAUAUCUACAAUGACUUUGUUAUACAUUUUGUUGUUGUGUACUUACAUUAUCCCAUAUGCUUUCAACUACGUUCAAACUCAUAGAAAUAUGUAUUUUUAUUCUAGGCAACGCGUGCGUUUUAUUUGGUCGCCUAUCAAUGGCGUAAUUUCCCCUUUACCCCCUUACUUCCGGUUAACUAUUCCAGUAGAGACCUCAUUUAUUGAUAGGAUAUUUCAAUAUCGAUCUAGCUUUACUACG